AUGGUUUCAAUUAAGUCGCCGUCUGUGCUGUCAGUGUCCUGUGCUCAUGCCCUGUUCGGGCUGAGCUGUUUGCUUAUUAGCCUUCUUGGUCUCCUACUGGUUCGCCAGCUCGUCAAGCAGAGAAGACCCCCGGGCUUUCCUCCCGGUCCAUCACCCAUCCCUGUGAUAGGGAACAUACUGUCUCUGGCCACGGAGCCGCACGUCUUCCUCAAGAAGCAGAGUGAAGUUCACGGGCAGAUCUUCAGUCUUGACCUGGGAGGCAUUCUGACUGUGGUACUGAACGGCUAUGACUGCGUCAGGGAAUGCCUUUACCACCAGAGCGAGGUGUUUGCUGAUCGUCCAUCCCUGCCUUUAUUCAAGAAAAUGACCAAAAUGGGUGGACUUCUCAAUUGUAAAUAUGGCCAAGGCUGGAUUGAACACCGGAAACUGGCUUGCAACUCUUUCCGUUACUUUGGCAGUGGCCAGAGACUGUUUGAGAGAAAGAUCUCAGAAGAAUGCAUGUUCUUUAUUGAUGCCAUUGAUGAGCACAAGGGCAAGGCCUUCAACCCCAAACACUUAGUGACCAACGCCGUGUCCAAUAUCACCAACCUGAUCAUUUUCGGCCAGCGUUUUACUUAUGAUGACCGCAACUUCCAGCACAUGAUUGAGAUAUUUAGUGAGAAUGUGGAGCUGGCAGUGAGUGGCUGGGCUUUCCUCUACAAUGCCUUCCCCUGGAUUGAGUAUCUGCCCUUUGGAAAACACCAGAAGCUGUUCCGCAAUGCUGCUGAGGUUUAUGACUUCCUGCUGCAGGUCAUCAAGGGUUUUUCUCAGGGCAGGGUGCCACAGGUACCACGGCACUACGUUGACGCCUAUUUGGAUGAGCUGGAACAGAGUGUAGGAAACCCUGGUACGUCGUACUCCUACGAGAACCUCAUCUAUUCAGUGGGCGAGCUCAUCAUUGCUGGCACAGAGACCACAACUAACACCCUGCGCUGGGCCAUGUUGUACAUGGCGCUCUACCCCAACAUACAAGAGCGGGUGCAUAGGGAGAUCGACAGUGUGCUGGUUAACGGGAGGCCCCCCACACUGGACGACAAACAGAAGAUGCCCUAUGUGGAGGCUGUUUUGCAUGAGGUCCUGCGCUUCUGUAACAUUGUUCCCCUUGGCAUCUUCCGUGCCACCUCCCAGGAUGCCAAAGUCAAUGGCUACACAAUUCCCAAAGGCACCAUGGUGAUCACAAACCUGUACUCGGUGCACUUUGAUGAGAAGUACUGGAAUGACCCAGGUGUCUUCUCACCACAGAGGUUUCUGGACAGCAACGGCAACUUCAUCAGACGUGAAGCCUUCCUGCCUUUCUCUUUGGGGAGGCGUCACUGCCUGGGUGAGCAACUGGCCAGAAUGGAGAUGUUUCUCUUUUUCACCACCAUGCUGCAGAGGUUCCAUCUCCAGUUCCCUCCAGGAAGCGUGCCCUCUCUCACUCCCAAACUGGGCAUGACGCUACAGCCCAAGCCCUACUCCAUCUGUGCUGUACGCAGGCAGCAGAAAGUUUCAAGCUCUAGAGACACUCCUCAUUAGAAGAAUGCAAGCAGACACACACACUACAGCUUGUUUAACCUUUCAAGUCUGAACUCCAACAUUUUGCACAGAAAGGC